AUGCACAAGGCGCAAGCCGUGACCCCUCGGCCAGAUCCCAGCGCUGGAAUCACAGCCUCGAGCCCUGUCUCCUCCUCCGCCUCCAAGACCUUUCAGUUUGUCACCGCAAACCCCUCCACCGACGCCGAACGCUCGCGCAAUAAGACCCUCGUUCGCUCCAAUGCUUCCAACUACCACUGGCGGCGGGUCAAGAAAUCCACCGAUGGCGCCUCAAGUCGGCCGGUAGCAGCAAGACGUCGUUCUUCAAUCCGCAGCCAGGUCAGGCCUACCAAGAGGGUCCUCGCCCCCGCGACUCCUCAGACGAUAGGGUCUUCCUCAACAGAUAGCGAUGACAGGACACCCAAAACUGAAGAUGAGGCAACCGACUUCGCUACAGAGUCGCCGGGGUCAGCAGGAGAGCUGGUCUCGAUUUCCAGCGCCAGCCUGUCAAGCUUGCUGGUCUCUGGCCACCAUGACCCCUUUGAAACAUACCCAUCCGACUUACCCAAGGAGUUUGUGAGCCCUGUGCUCGAUCAAGUGAAUAGCUUCCUGUGUAUAAUGUUCCCGCCCGAGAACGGGCAGACCCUCAGUCCACACUCAGAGAAAUGGCUUAAGAUGACCUUUCGCGAUCGCAGCCUCUUUCACGCCUCGUUAUUUUGUCAACUCACACGCAAUCGCAUUCUCCGCUUGUCCCCCGCCCAAUCACCGGAACAGAUGCAAUGCUACACCGAAACCAUUCGAGGCGUGCACCAGAAGUUUGCCGAUGUUUCGGUGAGUUGCGAGGAUGAAAAUAUCCUGGCUGUAUACGCUCUCUCCUAUCACGGAGAGCCUCGAGUCUAUCUUGCCGGUCCGGUACCAUCCCAAGGUCCACUGACCACGUUGCAACUCCUUCAUCUGUAUGGGGGUCGCCUGCAUACUGUCGGUGUGCACCUGCAAGGCCUGGCCAAAAUGUUGGAUCUUCGCGGAGGUCUUUCGAAAAUCAGGCUGCCCGGGCUAGCGCAAGCGAUUUCUUUCGGAGACAUCAUCCUUGCCAGCCAGACUCUCACAAGACCCCUGCUGUCGUACGCGAUGAUGUAUGACGACGUCAUUGGAUCUUUGAAUGCCUCGUCGAGAAAAACCCAUCCGCUGGUCGGCCUCGGCCGAGGAUUUCGCGUCCUCCCAGAGAUUCUCGGGCACGAGAUGUCCGAAAAACUCCUCGUCGUUCUGAAGUGGAUCAUCCAGUACACCUUCGCCGUGGACGACCAUGUCACGGGGAGGCCCGAAGCCCAGCAUUUGGGCUUCAUCGCGAAUGAGAGAAACUUUGUACAGCACAGCCUGCUGUUCCUGACGCCGCUGCCCAACGACCUCCAGGACGAGCACCCUCUACUCCGUCUCGCGCGGCUGGGCACACUCGUCUAUAACCUGCUCGUGGUGUUUCCGCUGCCCGCGAUCGCCGCGCCCUUCCACCGCCUGGCCCGCGACAUCCAGAAGCAGCUGCUCGAUCCGUCGCUCCGACCGUGGUGGAACGAGGCGUCAGACCUGAUCCUCUGGGCCGCGACCAUGGGCGCCAUCGCCGCCAUCGGAUCCCCUGACCGCCUGUGGUACCGCACCAUGCUGGACGACCUGACCCGCCACAUGGAUAUUGCCAACUGGUCGACCAUGCGCGACCGCCUCGGCAUGUUCCUGUGGUACAGCUACACCAACGACUCGGACGGCUUCCGGCUGUGGACCGAGAUCGAGGAGUCGAAUCUCUUCCGCCUCCCCAAAUAA